AUGUCUACCCAAUCCCAUGGCCAUUCCGCGACGUCUCGUGCGUUCCCCGCCUACAACCCCGUUGCCGCAGUCGCAGCUCCUGCGGGGACCUUGCUUCCGGGCACCAAGAUCCAGGUUGGCAGCCACCGCGUGGUGGUUGAGAAGUAUCUCUCGGAAGGUGGUUUUGCUCACGUGUAUGUGGUGCGAUUGCCCCAGCCUGUCAAUGGCUCUGAGACCGCUGUCCUCAAGCGGGUCGCCGUCCCCGACAAGGCGGCUCUGGCCAACAUGCGCACCGAGGUGGAAACCAUGAAGAAACUCAAGGGUCACCGACAUAUUGUGAAGUACAUUGAUUCGCAUGCCUCCCAGCUGCGCGGAGGGGGGUAUGAGGUGUUCCUGGUCAUGGAGUAUUGCGCCGGUGGUGGGCUUAUUGACUUCAUGAACACCCGGCUUCAACAUCGCUUGACGGAGCCGGAGAUCGUCAAGAUCUUCUCCGACGUUGCUGAGGGUGUUGCGUGUAUGCAUUAUCUUAAGCCCCCGCUUCUUCACCGCGAUCUCAAGGUCGAGAAUGUCUUGAUAUCUGGCAAGGGGGCCUCCGCCACCUACAAACUGUGUGAUUUCGGGUCAUCAGCACCACCUCGCCCCGCGGCCACGUCUGCCGCGGAGGGCAGACUAAUUGAGGAUGAUGUGCAGCGACAUACAACACUGCAAUACCGCAGUCCGGAGAUGAUUGAUGUUUAUCGGAAGCAACCCAUUGACGAGAAGAGCGAUAUCUGGGCACUUGGUGUUUUCUUGUACAAGCUCUGCUACUACACAACACCCUUUGAAGAGGUAGGCCAGAUGGCCAUCUUGAACGCGACCUUCAAGUACCCCUCUUACCCCUCAUUUUCCAGUCGAUUGAAAUUGCUUAUUGGCUCGAUGCUGAAAGAAGACCCGCGAAAUCGCCCCAAUAUAUAUGAAGUCGUGCGCGAAGUGUGCAAAAUGCAAGGGAAGGACGUUCCCAUUAAAGACAUAUAUUCCAACCGCUCUCAUUCCGAAGCGCGCAAAUAUCAAGAACUGCCUCCCACGCCCACAGAAGCUCCCGCACCCGGCGCAAAGUUCUCGCCACCAGUGCAAGAAACAGAGAUCAUCCCGGAAAUCGCGCCCAUGCGCCGUGGUCGACCAGGGAAGUCUCAAGCUUCUGAGCUUGGCUCUUCUCGGCCAAGCCCUUCACCGUUCAAAGGUGGCGCUGGCGGUUCCUCGAAUGAUCCAUUCGCCGCUUUAGAUGGUGAUAGCUCUCGAAAGAAAGCUGCGGAGGAGGCUGCCAGACGGUUCCCUUCGCUGGAUCAAUUUGAUAUACUUCACGAAAAGGGUGACAAGUUCGAGUUCGAGCGAACAGUCGAGGCUAAAGCCGACGACGAAGACCUUUCGCAAAGGCUCACCAACGCCUUGGCCGAUGAUGCCUUUGCCCGACGUGCCUCGCCCGAACGUGCGCCGAAUCCAGUAUACAAGAGACCUUCACAAGCUUCUCCAGUGCGAGCACCCGUUUCCCGAGAAGCCACUCGACAGGCCACCCCUCUAUACCAGCCGACUCCGCAGCGACCUACAAUGGUAUCGACAGGAACCAUGACCUCACCCGCCCCGACGCCUCGGUUGCCUGAGCCCCAGAUAUCCAAUCGCCCAAUCUAUCGGUUCCCCUCAGACAAGGAACAACGAUCAUCUAGUGAGCCUUGGACAGCCGAUGAGGAACAGAGAGUGGCUAGGUCUCAACGCGCACGUUCACCUCCUGUAUCCAACCUGAAGCCAGAAGGAGGCCCACGUUCGUCCGCCGAGCGGCUCUCUACUCACUCCAGCUCCGCUCGUCCCUCAAUGGAAACCUUGAGACGGCCGUCAACCCUAGAGGUGGCUGAUCACACUACCCGUUCCAAAUCCGCUAUUGGCAAAGGUCGACCUCUGUCGGUACAAUCGGGAGCGAGAUACGAUAUCCCUCGUGAUUCCGAGAGCCCCCGUUCCUCGUUGGAUAUGUCUCGGAUGCAGUAUGAGGGCGGAGCUCCUUUGCGCUCAGUUCGCACGGAAUUGGAACGUGAGGAUCGCGCGAACAUCUCGUCAGACAUGGAUUACCUGCGAGCAAUGGAAGAAGAGGAGAGCAACCGCAAGCGCGAGAAGCGCUCCAGUGGCAGCCACAAGCACAACAAACGUGGUAGUCUGUCUACUUUGUCGCUCUCCGGGGGUAAGAACCUAUUUGCUGGACGAUUUGGCGAUGCAUUCCGCCGAUUUGAGGCUGGGAAUCAGGAUAAGCCAUCCACGCCGUCAGCGGAAGAGGCGCCUCAGCAGGCGCUUAUUGGGGUGUCCGAUUCAGGUGACGACUCAAACUCCCCCAAGGAUGAAAUUGCGCUUGAAGAUGCGGACCGCGACGACAUUUCCCCUGAGAUGCGUCGGGAGCUAGAGCGUCGUCGACUCUCCCAGGAGGAGAAACGGGUGGCCAAUGCCGCAGCUGAAUACCGGCGCCGUGUUGCCGAAAAGGGCGAUGGAGGCGGUAGAGCACCAGGCGAUGGUCCUCGUUCCCGAACCAUCCAAAACAAGAUGCAGUCGCUGUUUGCCGAUUCCGAAAAGCCCGCCGUCCCCAAGACUGCCACUGGGUACGGUCGAUUCACAGAGACUUCCUCUCCUUUGCAGGCAAAGCAGAGUGAGGCGGCUUCUCAACCCGUUGCUGAAGUGCCAACUUCUCGAACUCCUGGUCCCAUCUACAGUGCUCGUGAGAGCACAAUGACUCCUCCAGACCGCCGAGACGGUGCCAGUGCUCCCGCAGGGCUUCAACAAUCCGCCUCGACUGGCUAUCAAUCCACCCAACGCUCUGCUGCUCGCCCAGCUGCGCCUCCGAAGCCUAAGAAUUUGCGAGUCGGUGGCGAGACCUCGCGACCCGGCACUGGCAAUGACAAUCGUUCGCCUUCCCAAGCAACCCCACAAAGCCCCGGGGAGGACUGGGAGGCCAACUUCAGCAAGCGAUUCCCAAGCCUGUCCGGAAUAGAGAUGGAGACCGAGAUUGAGAUCUCGAAGUUCUCAAGUUUGAGAACACGGGAAGUGUAA